CAACCAAUAAUACUCUGUUCUUUUCUUAAUUGGUUUGAAAUACGGUUUGAAAGAAGAGUGCCUACCUACCAAACAAAAACAAAUCAAAAUUUUUCGUUUUCGUAGGUACUACAAAAUCUGUAGGAAAUAAUUGAUUUUAAAUAUCUGAUGAUCAAUAAUAUUAUAUUUCCAGCUAUGAAUAGUAAUUGUAUUUUGUAUAUGAAAAUGGUGAAAAUUCAGUCCUAUCGUUAGUUUGAACCUGUAGUGCGUCUUAGUUUUUAUGUGUUUCGUGAUUUUUGAAAAGUUUUUAAGAUGCAAGCUACAUUUCCAACUUUGUUAUCUUGCAAACCCUUAAAGCUUGAAUUUAAAACUUUUCAACAAAUUGACAUAUCUUCGGAGGAAUUCACUAUUGGCCGUGGACUCAAUAAUACAUUGGUUAUUCCAUUCUUGCCUAUAUCAAGAUUACAUUGUGCUCUUAUAAAAAACGAUAAAGACUGGAUUUUGGAAGACCACAGUACAUUUGGAAUAAAUAUAAAUGGUGUUAAAUUAGGCAAAGGCAAAAGAAAACAAAUAAAUGACAAUGAUAUAAUAGUACUAGAUGCCUUAAAUGAAUUUGUGUAUAAGUUUGUAAAUAAAGAUCCUGAACUAAUGCCUUCUUCUGCUAAACGCAUUAAACUAGAGCCUGAAGAACCAUCCAUGCAAAUCUUAAAUGAUGUAAAAGUGAAAUUUGAGGAAUCGCAGAACUGUGAAAUUAAACAUAUUGAAGACAAAAUUGAAAAUACUAAGCAAAUUAAAACUGCAAACAUGAUAAUGAAACAACAAUUGCAGUCAGACAUGAAGAGACAAAUUGAAAAACUUGAAAGUGAUUUUGCACUGAAGAUAGAGAACUUGAAAGGAGAAAAUAAUGAAGUAGAAAGACAGAAAGCACUUUUGAUUGAAAAGAGGGAUAUACAAUUAGCUACUGUCAAACAAGAGAUGGAGGGAAAGAUAUCUGAGCUUAUGGAACAAAUUAGAAAACACAAUGAGAUAGAGUCUGAACUUAUCAUGGAAAACAAUGUACUGAAGGAGAAGCUGCUCAAGGAACGAGAAGAGUUCCUUUCAGAACUGAAUCGAGAGAAUUCAUUAAAACAAGAAAUGUUGAAUAAGUUGGAAGCAAAAAUGAAGGAGCAAGAGGAGGUUCGGUUAAAAGAAAAACAGGAAUUUGAAUCGCUUUUGCUAAAGGAAACUGAGCAACUGAGACUAGCUAAGCAAAAGGAAUUAAAUGAACUGGCAGAGCAAAAGAAACAAAAAGAAAUGGAGUUGAUGGAAGAGCUUAAAAAUAUAAAGAAAAGUCUUGAAGAGCAGGAAAAACAAAAACUUGAGGUCCAGCAGCAAUUUAACAACCAGUUGGAGCAAAUGAAGAAAGUUACAGACGAAGAUAAACUCAAAAUGGAACAACUUAUGCACGAGAGAUUAAACGAAGCCCAACAGAAUGCUCAAAAAUCCAUUGAAAACCUAAAGAACCGGGUCACAGAAAGAGAAAUUGAACUAUCGGCUCUCGCAGCAGAAAGAAUACAACAACAAGCUGAACAGUCGGGCCAGGUUAUAAACUCUCUGCAGGAACAGUUAGAAAGAGUCCGAAGCCAGUUACAAAGCGUUGAAAGUGAAAAUGUAAAGCUUCUACAAAACACUACCUCAGAUAAAAACCAGGAGGGCACCACAAUCAAAACUGAAUUUGGAGAAAUAAUGGAGAGCGAACUGCAGUGCAGUAUUUGUGCGGAGCUCUUCGUGGCCGCUAUCACCCUCAACUGUUCUCACACAUUUUGCAAAUACUGUAUCACUAUGUGGAAGAAGAAAAAGAAAGAAUGUCCGAUAUGCAGAGCAGCCAUCACGUCGGAAUGUAAAAGUUUAGUAUUGGACUCGUUUAUAGAAAAAAUGGUACAAAAUCUCACAGAAGAAAUGAAGCAGAAGAGAAAAGAUAUGCUUCAAAGUAGAGAAGAACUCGAAAGCGAACUGAAUCGACCGAGCGACAGCACCAGACGACGAAGUGAGUCGGAUGAAUACUCGGACGACAGCGAAUUCGACGAGGAGGAAUACGAGGACUACCAGGACUACGAGGGGUUCGAGGAAUACGAGGGGCUCGAGGAAUACGAAUACGAGGACAGCGGCUGGCUUGGUCACUGGUUUGGCCGCGAGUCCAGCUCAGAUUCCGACAGUGGAUCUGACAACACUGAUAGUGCCGCCGGUCCAGAUGCCGAACCCAAUAAUACUGCAGGAGCUGGUGCCGGAGGAGGUAAUAAUAGUGGGCGAAGACAUCGAGGUCGGGUACCAGGUCAGCCCGGCGCCUACUACGGCGGCUACGGGCGCUGCUUCCGCUGCGGUGCGCGCGGCCACUGGGCACCCGGCUGCCCACUACGCUAAUAUAUACAAUGCAAAUCGAUUUUUUUAACAAUAAAUACAUUAAUGAUUUCUGCAA